UAAGAAGUAAUUCAUUUUUAAUACCAAAAUCUCAUCGAUCGGAUUGGAAAUCAGCAGCUGCAAACUUAAGCCAAACCACAACAAAACAAGACCAGAUUGAUCGAACUGCAAAAGCAGUUGAAAAAAAGUGAAAAAUAAAUAAGUAAACCAUCGAAGCUGCAAAUAAACACCAGACUGAAAAGCAAUAAAAUGGCCGAUCUACAGUCAGUGUUCAAUGAAUUCUGCUCGUUCGGAGCUGGGACUGGAAAGACGAAGACUGAGCUAGACUCAAAGAACUUCAAAAAGAUGACGGAGGACUGUGGUCUGUUCAAGAAGGGCAAAUUAGAUGGGGCUGAGAUGGACAUGAUCUUCACCAGGUGCAAGAACCCAGCCAGACACAUCCCAUUCGACAAGUUCAAGGCGCAGGCCGUUCCCCAGCUAGCCAAGGCAGUGUAUGGAGCUGAUAGUGAAGAGAACCAGAAGAAGAUCAUAGACGCAAUCACCAGCAACUCCCCCAAGAACAAGACUUCGGCCAAAGCGAGUAACGACAAGGUGGUCGGUCGACUGACUGAUACCAGCAAGUACACUGGAGCACACAAGGAGAGAUUCGAUGAGUCAGGAAAAGGGAAAGGAGCAGACGGUCGAGAGGAUAAGGCAGCAAACGAUGGAUAUGUGCAAGGAUACCAGAACAAGGGAACUAAAAAAUAGACCGAAAACUUCAUAGAAACCAACAUAAAAAUAUACAAAGGAAAUUAAAAAACAUCGUUUUGUAAUCACGUCAGCUUAUAUAUGAUCAAAUAAUAUUGCAUAUUCCUGCAGGGGCGUCCCUGAGUUUCUGUAAAAUAUAAUUCAUAAAAGCGCUAUAUUUAUUUAUAGCAUUAAAUUGUAUAUUCCCAAAGCACUUGAAAAUAAUUCAUUUAAAAAAAAACUGCAAUGAUUUUAAGAGAUUUCCGUGCAAACAUGAAAAU